AUGGAAGAGAAAAUGCUUAAACAAAUAAAAUUGGAUGCUGAGAAGAAGAAAAAGAACGGAAAUGAUGUAACGAAGGAAGAAUAUUGUGAUAAAGACGAUGAGAAGAAAGAAAGCAGCAACGACGAUGAAUCAUUCAAAGGUGCUCGACGUAAGAAGAAAUCAAAGAUUGAACCAGCUGAUAAACAAUGGCAAACGCCGUCGUCACACUCCGAACGCAGUGAAAGUGAAGAUUGUGUGAAACAUAUUCCAUCUGAUCCCGGAAGUCCACUCUUUAAAUCUGAUCAUGAAUUCUCAUCUGAUGUUGAUGAUACGACACAAACACCACAACCAGUAAAACGUGCUCGCACAACAAAGAAACUCGAAGCUGUUUCGUCAUCAGAUGAAGAUGAAGACAUAAAUCCGAGCCAGUUGUAA